UCGCUCUUGUCAAUUCAGGUGAAGAAUCAGGUCCUAAACUACUCACAGAGGAGAGGUAUGGCAGGAGAAGAUCAAAAUGAAUUGAUUGAUUUUAAUACUACUUAUUCAGAUUCAGGAAGAGCACCAGGAAGUAUUUCCAUGAAACCUUUGCUACCUGCUCCUCUCAUGUCAUUUGGGAUUUGUGACUAUGGUGCAAAUCCAUUUGACCAAUUAAUGGACUUAACAAAUAAGAACUUAAGCAGCAAGGAUGACCCUUUUGAGAUGGUGUUUGAAAAAGCCUCUGGGAACAUCCAACCAGUAACAAAGAAUAUGGAAGACAUCUAUUCUAAGAUAACUCCAUCAAAGUGUGAGAAUAUUAGUGUGCUUUCAUCUCAGCUAGACAUCACCAAUAUGCAGUCAGUUAAGAAUUAUUUGAAUGUAAGUGAUGACAUCUAUAAGUUUGAUAGAUCUGGAGGAUUGUUAACAGGAACAAGAGAAGAAAAAGUAGUAAAUACUGCAAAACUGCUCGAUUUACCAAGUCCUGUUUUUGCUCGAGCUGUCAAUGAGACUGUACAGUGUGUAGAAGAAAACAAAACCAGCUUUACUGAUUUCAAGCACAACAGCCUCAAUGAACACGAUGAAAGUUCUGGUUCCAGCAGUCAGAAAACAAAUGAUGUCGUAGUGCAUAGUGAAAUAAGUGUUGGUGCUCCUCUCAGAAGUAGAAGAUAUAGUACAUCAGAUAUAAAAGUCAAAGCAGUCAUUGCUGAACGCGUGAAAAAAUGUAUUCAGAAAGCCUUAAAUGACUCGAGGGAACUUUUUAAAAGUGGCAGUGUAACAGAUUUGAGGUGCUCUGAACCUAAAACAGAACUAGUUGGACACCGUCGCUCAUACUCUUUUUCAAGUGUGCAAAAGUUAGUACAGAGUCCAGACAGUGGAGUUAUGCAAAGAAGUGUGAUGGAGAUUCAAAGUAAUUCACCAUGGCUGAGGAGCGGUACGUCAUCUGGUGAUAUCCUUAAUACAGGAUUUCAAAAUAGUCGCAAGAGUGGCAGUUCCAGGAUUUCAAGGUCAUUUGAUGAUCUGUAUGCAGAUAUAAACAGUCUAGAUGCAAAAAUAAGUUGGAAAACGCCAAGUACAUGGAAAUUAAAGGGAUUCCUCAUUGGGAAAUGUGGAACUGCAACUACACGUGGCGUGCAAACUGAGCGCCUGGGACACAGUCUUGGAGAAGAUGGAUUUGAAGUAAAGACUGAAGCUGAUAAUAAGUCAGUUUUCCUGGAUGCACGAUCCCUAUCAUAUGUAUGUGAAAAAGCUGCAGAAGGCACUUCAUCAACUAAUGAACCAAACACAGGUUCAAUUAAUGAUAUAGAACCUCCAUGGGAGGAGCAGCAUAAUUAUGAAGAUGUAACGUUCUACGAACAUGAUAAUGCAGGACAGGAACAAAAAGAAUGUUUAGAUGUUCCAGGAUGUUUGAGAUUGAAAGCAGAUGAUUCAAAGGUGUUCAGCGACAGUAAUGCCUCCCUUGAUUCAUCAGCUGGACUGAAUCCUAUUACACAUUCAACACCUGUCCUACGAAAAGAUUUACUCAGAACAUCUGCUCUGUGUAGUGAAGCAAAAAUUUCACCUCUCUUGCCAGUAGUUCCUGUGUUAGGAAACUCUGCUGUUACUGUAACCCAGAAACUGAGGCCUGUAAGGGCUCCAUCACAGCAAGAACAGAAGAAAGGACCUUUAAAAGCUAUUGUACCCGUUGUCAGCAUGACAAGAAAUACUAAAAAGGGAGAGGCAGUAGCUGACCCAAGAACCGGAAAAAUAUCCCAGAAUGUCACAACGCAUAAAGCAGAAUCUGUGAUGUCAGCCUCUAAUGAUGGGAAAAAGCCACUAAGAACAGAUAGCAUCAAGAGUUCUCCAUACUCCCAAAAGAAAGUUAACAAACCCAUUGCUUCCGUCAUUGUGAAAGAAGAUAAAAAAAUUCAACCGAUUCGCCGAAUGGUUUCAGUAUCAAGUACCCAGUCACCUUCAGCGAGUAAAAGUAUUAAAAUCAGUACACCUUUAAGUGACAAAGGUCAAAAGUGUCUUCCUCGGGUUGAUUCUGGUGGACGUGAAAGGUCACGCUCUUACGGUGUAAAAGAGUCACCAAACCAAAAGCCUGUAAGGAAACCGCUUCAGAAAAGUAGAUCAGCAACCAAUGUACCUCUUGCGCAAUCUACGGCACCAAGGGUCCUACCUGAGAAAAAUCCUGAUAAGAAGAGCCCUGCAAACAUCAUUCAGAAGACUGCGUCGAAUGUGACACCCAAGAUACAGACACCAAUCAGAAAAAUCUUCACUAAACUCGGACGUCACAUCCAACUUGGUAAAGAAAAUCAGACACCGUAAAAUCGAUUUAACUUAAAUAUAUUUUUAUGAUUUUUAGGUAUCUGCUUAAAAUAUUUAGUGCAGUUUUUAUAUUUUAAAAAAGGGGUUGUGAUUAUACAAUUGGUUUUUAUACUAUCAACUGUUAAAUUUUAUUUUUGUAACUAAUUUUCUACAUUAAACUUUGUAAAAUACAACUGUUUCUAGAAAUGUUAUAAGGUAAUAAAUUUCUUGUUAAGUUGUAAUUGUUAAUUCCAUUGUUUACUAUUUUGAGAUAAGAUUUGUUGAGGUUUGUUAAGACUUUUAUAAAAAAAGGA